AUGGAUAUAAAGGGUAACGAUGAAAUGAUAAUUGAGGAAAAAAGUAUUGAUAUACCAAAUUAAAAAAAGCAAAAAGAUAUGAAUAAAAUGCUUUUCUAGUUACUCAUUCAAUAAAAAGAUGAAUGCAGAAUAUCUUGUGAUUUUAGUGAUGUGGAGUUUCUUAAAGGGCUAUUGCAAAAUUUUCCAAAAUCAUAGAAAGUGACACUUUCACUAAGUAAUGUAGGAAUAACAGAGAAAGAAAUUUAAGUUUUGAAAAAUAUAUUUUAGAUAAUCUCAUCAAAUACUAAGGAAUUUAAUCUAAAUAUUUCCAGAAAUAGCUUAUUUAAUAAAGAAGCAAUGGCUCUGUUCUAAAAACUCAAAAAAGCAAAAAUUGUCAAAGUUUAAAAAAUUAAAGAAUCUUGA